AUGUCACCUAACCAGGACUAUUCCUCCACACCUCUGUGCAUCCCUCUCCACCCCUCUAUACCCCUCUGCACCCGCCAGGUGGACCUGAUGGCUCGCUCCCUCCAGCGCGUGGGCAUCCGCAGGGCGCUGGUGGUGCACUCCAAGGGGCUCGAUGAGAUCUCCCCCAUGGGUAUGUCAGUCCGCCCCUCAACAUGGAUAGUCUCUCUCCCCAAUGGGUCAGUCACUCUCCCCCAUGGGUCACUUACUCUCCCCCAUGGGUCAGUCUCUCUCCCCCAUGGGUCAGUCACUCUCCCCCAUGAGUCACUCUCCCCCAUGGGCCCGGCAGACGUGACACAAGACUCUGUUCGCCCCUUCGGGGUCAUACAUUCGUUCUCCUCCCCCUGUAGACUCUCACCCGCGCCCGUGGCAGCGGACUACGGCAUAGCGCGGUGCACAAUAGAGGACCUCAAGGGCGGGGUCAAGGCACUCAACGCGCAGCAGGUGGCCAUCGCUGAUGCUCUUGUGAGUGCCAGGGAGGGCAGCAGUGGGAGUGCGAAGCCGAAACCCUUAACCCACUUCUGUGAACAUGUGACUGCUUACUAUCUCACACGUUCCCCCCUGCCUGCUCUCCUCGUCGUCACUCAGCAUAUUCGUCUCCCCUCUCUCCUGUCAUCCCUCCUCAUCUUUCAUUCCGUGCUCACAGUCCCUGGUACUCCCGCACCUCCUCUCUUCCUUCCUUCUCUCCCUGCAGGUGCUGAAUGCAGGCACGGGGCUGGCAGCGUGUGGGGUGGCAAAGGAUGUGGGCGAGGGCAUAGCCAUGGCUCAGGAGGCGCAGCGCAGUGGCAAAGCUAUCAGCGUGCUUGA